AAAAUGUACUUCUCUAUAGUGGUCCUUGUCCUGACUAAGGCGCUGGUCACAGAUGUAUGUCACGCUCUCAAUGUGACACUGACCCCAGGACCUGUUGUCAUGGUAACAGAGAAAGACAACGUGACCCUGUCCUGCCUGGUAUCUCACAGGAAGAGGAGCAGCAGUGUUCUCAUCCUUCGCUGGUUCUUCUCACCUCUUGCUGCUCCGACUCUCCUACCUCCUCCAUCCUCUCCAUCCUCCUCCUCCCCCCCAGCCCUGGACCCCACUCAAUUUCUGAUCGUGAAGAUGGGCAUAAAGAAAAUGAAGCUGUACGGUAACUACACCCGUCAUUUCCCCCAGCCAAAGUUCCGCCUGUACGAGGAGGCGGAGGGGGAGCUGUAUCGGUUGCGGAUCUUCAGCGUGGCAGGGGCGGAUCAGGGGUUCUACACCUGCAAGGUUCAGGAGAUCCGCAAAUUCAGAAACACGUGGAGAUCAUCGUCCAAUGGUACCAGCACCACACAGCUCACAGUGCACUUUACUCUGGAGGACGGCAGCAGUGAGGGACUGUGGCGUUUAUUUGCAGAUGUGUAUCUGUGCGCUGUGCUGAUCUGCUCACUGGGCCUGUUGUCCAUCUUCCUGUUCACUCUGGUUCUCACGUGCCAGUACUUUCACAGACGACACAGGCUCAAAGCCAGUUAUCUGCUGGUCAAGUGUCCAGAAAGCAGCUCAGGAGAGACUGUGACCAGCUCCAGCAGUUCCUCCAGCUACUCCCCACGAGCGCAGAGGAAAGACACCAGACGGAAACCUGACAGAAGAGUCCCAGUAACGCCACCUAAACUACCUGUAGAGCCUCCACCGCACAUACCAGCCAAAGUGCCUGUUGCUGCAAAGAGACCUCAAAAGCCCAGAAGGUUAAAGACUCAGCCGAGGAGAUCUGCCGCUCCUCGAGUAUCACAGGAGGACAGUCUGACAUAUGCAGAACUGGAGCUGGUUCGACCGAGGCCGGAGCCCCAGGCCUCCUCCGCCACACCGGACCCCGACCCCUCAAGCCCGGACACUGUGUACGCUCAGAUCUUCUUCCAGGAGAAGCAGCUGUAA